AUGUCCUAUUAUCGUGAAGGGCCACCUCCAGGGCCUCCAGGGCCACCUCCGCAAUGGGAUGGAUAUCAAUCCCAAUGGAAUCAACCCCCGCACUUCCCGCCUCAGCCCUACCAACAGCCACGACCAAAUUAUGGACAUCGAUAUUCUCAGUCUUACUCGGGACCUCCAGGCGCUUAUCCUCCAUCUCCGCAACCAUAUGGAAGGCCAACUCCGCCUCCACGACCGCAAUCUCAAUUACAGCCCUAUGGAUCUCUACUCUUCUCCUCACCACAGCCUGGAUAUGGGGGUCGACCCUCCCAAACACCACCACAGCAUCGGCAUAGUUUAAGUGUCCCUCGUGAUAGACUUCAGCGGGCUAGUUCUCCUAAGCUACCCCCACGACCUCCGCAGGGUGCUCAACGUUUUGGCCCAGGUGCCCCAUCAAACUACAGCUUUCAGUAUUCCUUAUGUACAGGGCGCCGUAAGGCCCUCCUGAUUGGAAUUAACUACUUUGGUCAACCCAAUGCCUUGCACGGGUGCAUUAACGAUGUCACUAACAUGUCUACCUUCUUGCAUGAGCGGUUCGGAUAUCGUCGCGAGGAUAUGGUCAUUCUAACUGACGACCAGCGCAAUUAUAUGAGUAUCCCAACCAAGGCUAAUAUCAUCCGCGCCAUGCAUUGGCUGGUGAAAGAUGCCCAGCCGAAUGACUCUCUCUUUAUUCAUUUCUCGGGUCACGGAGGUCGCACUCCCGAUCUUGACGGCGACGAGGAUGACGGAUAUGACGAUGUCAUCUACCCGGUCGACUACCGUAGCGUUGGCCAUAUUGUGGACGACGAGAUGCAUGCCAUUAUGGUGCGCCCGCUGCGAGCGGGUGUACGACUGACCGCCAUAUUCGACUCGUGCCAUUCCGGUACUGCAUUGGACCUGCCUUAUAUCUAUUCCACGCAGGGUAUACUCAAGGAGCCUAACCUAGCUAAGGAGGCAGCCCAGGAUCUAUUCAGCGUCCUGAACUCUUAUGGCCAAGGUGACCUUUCCAGUGUCGCAUCGACUGCCAUCAACUUUUUCAAGAAAGCGACCAACGGAGGCCAGGCGCGCGAGCGUACACUCCGCACCAAAACCUCACCAGCCGACGUGGUCAUGUUCUCGGGAUCUAAGGAUACACAAACAUCGUAA